AUGGAUGUCACUCUCUCCACUAGAUUUCUCCAACCCUCUUUCAGCAACUCCUCUCACCACAGUUUGUCAUUGUUGAAGGCCAUUUCUUACGACCAACCCAACCAAUGUUUCAAUUUUAUCUCAUCAUCGCCCCUCUCCACCACCCUCAUCACCUACUACACCCAAACUAGUGGAGCAAUUUAA